CCACAGAAGAAACAGCAGCGAAAAAGCACCGAAGAAACACACUGAAGAAACCCACACCGAAGAAAACUGUUGCGAGCAAAGUUGCAGAGAAAAGAAAGGGAGUCGCACAGCUUCCCGUUACUAAAACUCAAUAUUUAACGAUCAAGUUGAUGAAAGAGCUGUCAGAAAACUACGGUUUAGCUGUUCGCAGAAAUAGUGAUUCUGUUGAAAACAUGCGAAAAGAGAUCUGGGCUGGUUUCUAUCACAAAAUCUCAACAGACGAGAAGCCGCAGCACUUGUACUGUUCGCCGAGUUGGUGCACGUACCUUAAAGCAAAAGUAAGUAAGUCUUUGAAAGAUUACAAGCACAAACCGGCUCUUUCUUCUGAGGUGCAAGAAGUACUCAAGCCGAUUUAUGAAGAUUUGACGAAGACCGAACUAUUUGAAAGAUGUUUCGGUGGCCACACACAAAAUAAUAACGAAAGUUACAACCAUUGUGUCUGGAACAUGGUACUUAAACAUCUUUUCAAUAGCAAACAAGUAGUUGAUAUUGCAGCAAAAAUAGCUGCAUGCAUAUACAACGAAGGAUACAGCCCAGUUUUGAAAAUCAUGGAGGAAAUAAAUGGGUUUGAAAAUCGGGCCGAGCUCCGUGCAUUACAUCGCUGAUCACGAUUCUACGCGUGUUCAAGAAGCGAAUCGCCACAGCUUGAGUACUUCAAAAGAGUCUAGAACAGCGAGAAAAAAGGCUAGAUUGGAAGAAAAUCAAGGUUUCGAUCAACCAGAAAGUACUUCAUACGGUGCAGGCAUUGCAGAUUGAAUUUUGAUAAGCUGUUGCUGAGAUAUCGUGUGGCGACAAAGCUGCCUUGAAAUUAC